UCCGCGCGCGACUGAUGAGUCGGUGAGUUGCGAGAAAGCACAAGCCAUCGUCCGGAUCAUCCGGAGUGUUUCGAACGUGCGCGUGUCAGGUGCAGUCAGCACCCAGCAGCACCUUACAAAUCCAAACUCCAGGAGUCCAGAUCUCCACGCCAGUUGCAUUAGAGCGUGGUUAUUAUUGUUUGUGCGAGAGACAGAGCUGCGUUCAAACAUGGCGGAUUGCAACGAGACUAAUAAUUCAACAGAGGAGCCUAAGCCACAGAUUACCAUGAAGAUCGACAGUCCUGAGGAGUCCAGCGACAACUCUGCCAAUGAGGAGACAGAGAAAAUGGUUGCGGAGAAGGAUUCGGACAAUUCGUGUUCAUCCAACAGUAUGCACAACAAUGCAUCAAGUGUGAAGCACGGAUGCGUGGUAUUGCCAGGAAAAGGUUCAGCUUUUGCUGCUUCAAGAUUUGGAAGUACAUUUGGAGAUAACGCUUCAAAUGCCAGUAGCAGCAACAAGCCAUAUGUUUUAAAGCCUUCUCUUUUGAGGCCGUCUGCUCUAGGUGCUGUGACUAACAGUAACGCGACGAAAAGUGUUCUAAAGCCCGCCACAUUUCAUAAUCCUUUUACUAAUAAAGUGUCUAACAACUCUGACAACGGUGAGUCAGCUGUGGCUGAAAACAGUGAAGACCAAAAAAUAGUAGCAGAUAGCGAGGAACACGAAAACGAGGAAACGGAAAAGAAAGAGGAGAAGGACAAAGAUACCGAGGUACCAAAAUUCUUGGCACUGAGCAAAAGUUCAAACGAAAACCCAGUGCCUAGUACAAAUAGUUCAGUCGCCACCGCGAGCGCAUCGACACCGGGUUUCGUGUUUGGCCAGAACCUCAAGGAGCGCGUCACUGUGGCACAAGAUGAGAGUUUGGAUAACGCGGAGAAAGAGGAGCCCAAAGAGGAGUCGGCCUCCAACGAGAACGGCACCUCUACGGAAUUAAUGUUCUCCAAUGCGGCUGCCGUUGCCACCAAGAGUACAAGCAAGCCUGGUCUGACGCUGUCGCAGGCUGCACAAGAGAUGGAGGAGGCGAAUCGCGCGAACAAGAGGAAAUACGACGAAGUGGCGUUGUUGACCGGCGAAGAGGACGAGACGAACAUUUUACAAAUUAAUUGCAAACUGUUUGCGUUCGACAAAACGACGAGUAGUUAUCAGGAGCGAGGUAGAGGUUCGCUUCGGCUGAACGACAAGGACGAAGAGUCGCGGUUGAUUAGCCGAGCAGCCGGCACACAGAGGCUACUACUCAAUACUAAAGUGUGGUCCGGAAUGACAGUCGAGAGGGCCGGUCCGAAAUCCCUCCGACUUACCGCGAUGGAUGCCCAAGGCGAGAUCCGGAUCUUUGUGGUGCAGGCGAACCAAAAGGAAGUCGAAGAAUUGCACGAUCUCCUGUUGAUACGACUGAAGCGAGCCCAAGACCGUCAGCCCAAGAAGCUUGCGACCGAGCACUGACGCACAAAGUAGAGCAAGACUUGUUCUUUUUCAUCCACGGGCGGGCACCGUAUAUAUCUCUGUCUACAACUCAGACACUCCAUGCAGGCAUGUCUGGACUAUUUUUUUUUUCUGUGAAUUUGCUCUUGAGCGCUUGUGUAUAAACGGCCUUUAAAGUGAGUUUCUUAUACGUGAUCCCUUUUUCUAUAUCUAAUUUCUAAUACCUUAUACGUGAUCCCUUUUUUAUACUUACCAGAGUCAUUGUAAGGUAAAAAUACUAUCUAAAAUGUAUUUUUUUUUUUUUUUAAAUAAACGAUUUGUAUCAAUGUUUGCUCGAUAGCACACUAGAAAGUAUGGAUUUGUGUUCCAGACUUUUUUCUGAUUUAACGCUGUCUUGGACUCUUUAAAUCUUUAAAACUUAAUCUUGAGCGUUUCAUCCGACAUCUGAGAUUUUCGUCAGAAAGUUAUAUCAAUGAAUUUAUCCAUAAUUGUAAUAUGUUAAUUAUUGUAUCUUCAAAAAAUUUAUUCUUGGAUUGAAAAUACUCUUACACCUGAAAGACUCAAUAUUGAAUUUCUUAGUUAUUUUUUGUCUCUUUUUAAAGUGAGUAUAAAUGCGAUUAUAAAUCGUAUAGAUGUAAAACUUUUUUUUUUUAUUAUUUGUACAUAGCAAAUCAACUAAUUCUUAAAUUUUUUCACUUUACUCUUAUUUAGUAAAAUAAUUGAAAAGGUGCAAGUAUUUCUCUGGAGCGAAUGACAGGAGCGUCUUGAAAUAAGAUUAAUAAUUGUCAACUCAGACUGUUUUUCAUAUAAAAUGAGAAGACUACUAUAAUAUUUAUAAAAAAAAGCAAAAACGUAUAUUUAAAAUGCAAAAAUUUAUAUUAUAGGUAAACUUUGUUUAUUAAAAGAGGUUGAAAUAGAUUCAACUAAAAGUAGUUCACACGUCGACUUAGUGCGACUCAUGUGGUAUAGCGUAAAUGCUUUUACUUUAGAUUUUUUUGUGAAUACAACCUUUUUUUAAUCAUUCCUGCAAGUAAAACUCCAAGAA